AAUACCAGAUACCAAUCGAAAGUUGUUUUCAACUUGCAAAUUGUAAAUAAAUUACUAUAUACACGACCUUGAAGUGUAAUUUUUCUUGGAAUAUUCAUUAUCUUAUCAUGUACAUGCAUCGAAAUGUGUUAUUUUCUCUUCGGUUCCACGUAAUGAAACCAACGGACUGAUUGAUUAUGUUGCAAUAUGGCACAAAAUAACGAUCUAACAAGCAGCCUCCAAACUCAUUUUAUUUGUGAUGUCUGUAAUAAAUUGUUCACUACAAAAUACACGGUAUCGAAACACCUGCGGACUUGUGGUGUGGCGAACUCAUUGAAAUGUCAGUGGUGUAAAAUAACUUUCAAAAAUCGGGGCAACUUGGUCACGCACGCUGCUCGCAUCCAUGGCGAUUACAGUUACAAAGCUGCCUCAAACUUCAAGUGUCAAGUAUGCGAGAAAACAUUCAACCAGAGGUUCCAACUCACGUACCACAUACGGAGAGAACACUUCAACCUACAAGCCAAGACUCCGUACUGCGAAUUAAAAAAAAUAAACCAAGUGUGGUUCGAAAACGUUCUAAAUUCAAAUAGUGUACUGGAAAUAAAAAAAACCGGCCACAACACUCUAGUGAUGAGGAAACUUGACGAGAACACGGGUAUAAAAGUCAGUGAUACCAACACAAAAAUAACAGAUUUAUCUAGUAUAUAUCCAGUCCAUAAUAGGUCUAGGGUUAAAGUACAAUGUCAUAUAUGUAGGAAAAUGUAUCUGAAAAUCACAAUUAAAAAACAUAUGGAAGAGAAACACACUAAUAACUAUGGUAGGAACUAUGAGUGUAAUAAUUGUAAGAGAACUUUUAAAAGAGCCUAUUUCUUUUUACAGCACGUGUGUAAUAAAGUACCUAAAAGGAAAGGGAGGAAACCCAUUGUUAUUGAGAGUGUGCAAAGUUUAAAGCCUAUCGAAUUAUCAUAGUUUUUUUACAGUUGAACCCUCGACAAACAGCCUAGGAGGCGUUGGUGGGAAGCGUGCGACUUGCAAUCCGGAGGUCACGGGUUCAAACUCCGGCACGUACCAAUGAGUUUUUCGGAUCUUAUGUAAGAAUAUCAUUUGAUAUUUACCAGUCUCAAUUCGGUAAAGGAAAACAUCGUGAGGAAACCGGGCUAAUUCCAAUAAGGCCUAGUUUAUUGAAUUGGCAGUCGCUUUCAUGGGAUUAGUUGCUGAGCGGAUCCCAGGCUUCCAUGAGCCGUGGCAAAAUGCCGGGACAACGCGAGGAAAAAGAGACAAAAAGGAGGGUAUUAUAAGUUAGGCUGCUAUGUAUGUGCGUUUGUCUGUGACACUAGAUUGUAAACAGGUUUGAAUGCAGUUUUUUUUAAACCGGUUUACUUGCACUGGUUCCUAGACACAUUUAAUCAAAAUCGGUUCAUUGCCUUGGGGUUGUCUUUAAUUGUUAUUAUUAUGAAGUUACGUCAUAAGGAUGUCUGUACUUAGGUAUAGCAGGGAUUGGAAAAUAGAGAGUUCGGGCUUUGUCGGCUCCGUUCGGCGCAGCAUUACCCUGAACAAUUAUUAGGGCCGGCACAACUUGACGUCCCUUUGCGUGCACAACCACAGAUAAGAUAAUUACUUGAAUUUUGACAACCCUAAACAGCCGAAAGAGAUAGUGCCAUACAUUAGACAGGGACAGCAUGAUUCGUCCCUGAACCGCUGUUAAACUUCGGUUUUGUAGGAAGUUUCCUUUCUGUACGGUAGUACUAUUAUUUAUUCUGUGCUUAUAGUAUCCGCUAAUGGGCAUUGGGCACACACAACAGAUACAAUUUAAUAUUAAUAAUCUUCUAAUUUAUUAUGCACUUUGAAAUGUGUAUAAUGGAAAUACUAGGAUCAAAUUUAUUGUUGUGGUCGUACACGCAAAGCUAAAAAUUGCUCGGAGCAAUGCUGAGCCGAACAGAGCCGUGCAUGCCCGAAACGAUUAGUUUCGCCCCCCUGACAGCGGGUUUAUCCACUUAGUUAUACUACUUAACUAUCAUUUAUAAAUCACAGAAGGAUCCGAAUUAGUAAUACAUAUCAUUCAUAUGU